UGCUGCCUCAGGCUCAUGGUCCGACGUGGCGUUCCCCGGGCAGGAGAAACCGUGGCAGCAGAGUCCGAGGAGGAGGAGUUGUCAUCAGCACGUACAGGUGAUUUGCAAACAGGCGGCCCCGAGCGCAGGCUGGGCCGCCAGGGCACCCAGGAGCUGGACGGCUCGUCCCGGCGGCUGGCUGACCAGAAUGAGGCCGGUUCCCAGCAUGCACUGGAGCAGGACGGCAGCACUGUGGCCACGAGCGAAGCCAUCGGGGCCCGAAGUGACGAACAAGGGAGUGGGAAAAUGCAGAGCAGUCCUCCGCGGCAGCACCCGGCACUGCACACAGAGACGGCGCCAGACAGAAUGACGGGGAGCAACCCGGUGUCACCGGCCUCGUCGGGCUCCCCGGCCUCAAGCGGCAGCGUGUCACCACCCCACCUAGCCCGCGACGCCCCUCUGGAGGCGGCCCUGGGCUUCGAUGUGCCCAAGGCGCCAGGCCGCGGCCUGGCGGCACCCGGGCCCUGCACUGCCGACCCGGGCAGCAUGUGGGACAAGACCCAUGCCGAGAUCGCCGAGCAGGCCAAGCAUGAGGCGGAGAUCGAGAACCGCAUCGCAGAAAUGAAGAAGGAAGGCUUCUGGUCCCUCAGGCGCCUCUCCAAGGUGCCUGAGCCAGCCCGGCCCAAGGUGCACUGGGACUACCUGUGCGAGGAGAUGCAGUGGCUCUCGGCCGACUUUGCCCAGGAGCGUCGUUGGAAGAGGGGCGUGGCCAGGAAGGUGGUGCGGAUGGUGAUCCGGCACCACGAGGAGCAGAGGCAGAAGGAGGAGCGGGCCCGGCGGGAGGAGCAGGCCAAGCUGCGGCGCAUCGCCUCCUCCAUCGCCAAGGAGGUCAAGCAGUUCUGGACAAAUGUGGAGAAGGUGGUGCAGUUCAAGCAGCAGUCGCGCCUGGAGGAGAAGCGCAAGAAGGCGCUGGACCUGCAGCUGGACUUCAUCGUGGGCCAGACGGAGAAGUACUCGGACCUACUGAGCCAGAGCCUCAAUGAGACCCUGCCUGUAGCCAGCAAGGCCAGCUCAUCUUCCCACCCAGGCUCAUCCCGCGCUGGCUCGGCUGCCUCAAGCCCCCUGCCCCCUGCCCGCCUCCCUGAGGAUGAAGAUGGCGACUUCCAGCCCCACGAGGAGUCAGAUGAUGAGGAGACGAUCGAGGUGGAGGAGCAGCAGGAAGGCAACGACUCAGAGACACGGCGGCGGGAAAUAGAGCUGCUCAAGCAAGAAGGCGAGCUGCCCCUGGAGGAGCUGCUUCAGUCCCUGCCCCCCCAGAUACUGGAGAACUCCUGCAGUCCUGGCCCCUCAGCCUCCAGCUCCAGUGCCGACGACGGGGACACAGAUGAGGAUGAGGCCCAGGGGGAUACGAAUGAGGAAGAGGAGGAGGAAGAGAUGGAAAAGCCGAAGCCCAUGAUCCACAGGAACAAGAAGCCGUGGAAGCCAGACGAGGAGUUCACGGCCAACGAGGAUGAAGCUGAGGACGAGGAGGAGACGAUUGAUGCUGAGGAGGAGCUGGAAGGGAGCGUGGAUCACAAGCAGGAGCUGGAUGACCUGGCACGGGAAGGUGAGCUGCCCGUGGAGGAACUGCUGGAGAAAUAUGCGGGGGCCUACGCCUCAGACUUUGAGCCAGAUGCCUCAGAGAGCUCCUUGGAGGCCAGCACCUCAGAGUACGAGCAGGAGUCGGAUGAGGAGAGCAGCAGCCAGGCCGACUCGCCGGCAGAGGAGAGCGAGGAGGAGGAGAGUGAGGAAGAGGAGGAGGAAGAGGAGGUGGCGGCCGCCCCAGAGGAGGGGCAGGCUGGCCCGGAGGAAGACUUUGGCGUGGAGUACCUGUUGCGGGGUGAUGAGGAGCGGGGCGGGCAGGGGGCUGACCCUGCCGGCCCCCCCUCCACCCUGGGGCCCAAGAAGGAGAUCACUGACAUCGCUGCCACGGCUGAGAGCCUCCAGCCUAAGGGCUACACCCUGGCCACCACCCAGGUGAAGACGCCCAUUCCUUGCCUGCUGCGGGGCACGCUGCGGGAGUACCAGCACAUUGGCCUAGACUGGCUGGUCACCAUGUACGAGAAGAAGCUCAACGGCAUCCUGGCCGAUGAGAUGGGACUGGGCAAGACCAUUCAAACCAUCUCCCUGCUGGCUCACCUGGCCUGCGAGAAGGGGAGCUGGGGUCCCCACCUCAUCAUCGUGCCCACCAGUGUCAUGCUGAACUGGGAGAUGGAGAUCAAGCGCUGGUGCCCCAGCUUCAAGAUCCUCACCUACUACGGGGCGCAGAAGGAGCGCAAGCUCAAGCGGCAGGGCUGGACCAAGCCCAACGCCUUCCACAUCUGUAUCACGUCCUACAAGCUGGUGCUGCAGGACCACCAGGCCUUCCGGCGCAAGAACUGGAAGUACCUCAUCCUGGAUGAGGCCCAGAACAUCAAGAACUUCAAGUCCCAGCGCUGGCAGUCUCUCCUCAACUUCAACAGCCAGCGGCGCCUGCUCCUGACAGGAACGCCCCUGCAGAACAGCCUCAUGGAGCUGUGGUCCCUCAUGCACUUCCUCAUGCCCCACGUCUUCCAGUCCCACCGGGAGUUCAAGGAGUGGUUCUCCAACCCGCUGACGGGCAUGAUUGAGGGGAGCCAGGAGUACAACGAAAGCCUUGUCAAGAGGCUGCACAAGGUUCUACGCCCCUUCCUGCUGCGGCGGGUGAAGGUGGAUGUGGAGAAGCAGAUGCCCAAGAAGUACGAGCAUGUCAUCAAGUGCCGCCUGUCCAAGCGCCAGCGCUUCCUCUAUGACGACUUCAUGGCCCAGGCCACCACCAAGGAGACGCUGGCCACGGGGCACUUCAUGAGCGUCAUCAACAUCCUGAUGCAGCUGCGCAAGGUCUGCAACCACCCCAACCUCUUCGACCCACGGCCCAUCCACUCCCCCUUCAUCACCCAGGGCAUCUGCUACACCACCGCCUCCCUCGUCCUCACUGCCCUCGACCACCACCCCUUCAAGCAUGUGGACAUGGGCAUGUUUGACCUGAUCAACAUGGAGGGCCGGGUGUCACGCUACGAGACCGACACUUUCCUGCCCAAGUGGAAGGUGACGCGCAAGCUCAUCGAGGAGAUUGCUGAGUCCCCCGACCCCCCACCCCGGCCCAAGCCCGUCAAGAUGAAAGUCAACAGGAUGCUGCAGCCAUCAGCCAAGCCGGAGAACCGCACAGUGGUGCUAGUUAACAGCCCGCGGCCCCCAGCUCCGCCGCAGCGCCCCCUGCUGCCUGAGGGCAUGGCUCCGCUACCCAUCACCACCCAUCUGCCCCUACAACCUCUGGGCCCCAUGUUGCCGGGGCCUGUGCAGCCACCCACCCUGCCCCACCCAUUGUCCGUCGCUACCUCCCUGCCCCUCCCUGCGGGGCCGGUGCUGCCCCCUGCCAGGCCCCCAGCCCCACCAUUGGGGCCACCGCUAGGCCAGAACAGCGCCGCCAUCACAGCCACCAUGCUCCAAGCACCUACUCCUACCCCACAAGUGCUUCCCACACCGAUGCCUGUGGCCACCCAGCUGGCACCUACGGCACCUCGGCCGCCUAUGGCACCCACGCCCAUGCCUGGUCCUGUCCUGAAGCCGGGCCCAGCCCCUGCUCCUGGGGUUCGGCUGGCGGGUGCCCCCCUGGGGCCCAGCGGCAUCAUGAAGCCCAUGACUGUGCAGUCCAGUGCCAGUGCGCUGCCUGCCUACAGCCUGGCCACCACCGGACCUGUGCAGCCGCCGCGUCUCCUGCUCUCCCCUGACAUGCAGGCCCGUCUGCCCUCCGGUGAGGUAGUAAGCAUCGCACAGCUGGCUUCGCUGGCCAGCCGACCCCUGCAGAGUGCACCGGGCAGCAAGCCCCUUACUUUCCAGCUGCAGGGCAACAAGCUGACACUGACAGGCACCCAGGUGCGCCAGGUGGCUGUGGCCCAGCCCCGCCAGCUCCCAAGUUUGAGCUCCCUGUCUCCUGCAGGGAACGUGGUCCACCUGGUGUCGGCCGGGGGCCAGCACCACCUCAUCAGCCAGCCGGCCCAGGUGGCUGUCCUUCAGGCCAUGGCCCAGCCAGGUGGGCAGGCCAUGCCUGGGCACCCACCCACUGCCAUCCUGCCUGCCCCAGCCCCUGCCCCUCCUGCCACCUCUGCUGCUAUCACUUUCCGCCCCUCCUGCCACCUCUGCUGCUAUCAGUGUCCCCAUUGCCGCCACUCAAGUGCCCUCCUCCAUGGUGAACGCCGCCACCCCCCCCACCUCCCGUACCCGCCACAGCCACUGCUGCUGCUGCACCCCUGCCUGGCCUGCCUGCCGCUCUGGUGGCCCCGCGAGCGCCGCUGCCUGUGGCACCCGCCCCGCCCUCCCGCCUGCCUGCCCCACCCCUGGUGCCCAUGCGAGGCCCCGCCCCUCUCCAGGCUCUGGUGCGCCCUGUCAUGCGGGUGGUGCCCGCCCCUGCAAUGGACCUGCCAGCUCCGAUGCCAGUCCCCACAAUGUCCCCUGCUCCAGCGGGGCCUCUGCCAGCCGGCCCCCGCGGGCCCUCCCCCAGCCGCACCAACCCCCCUGCCAGCCCCCCGCCCCCUGCUCCCGGCAUCGCCCAGCCCUUUAUCCAAGGAGGAGCCCGAGAUGCUGACGCUGCGCUCCAGCCCCCCCACACCGCCGCCUCCGUCUGCUCCAGUCCCCCGGCCCCGUCGCCAACCCCCGCCUCCGCCUCGCUCGCCAUUCUACCUGGAGUCACUGGAAGAGAAUCGCAAGCGGCAGAAGGAGGAGCGCCUGGCCCGGCUCUUCCGCCUCAACGAGCAGCACUGUGCCCUGGCACCCGUGUAUGGCACUGAGGUGCUUCGCCUCUGUAGUCUCUUCCCCCCAACACCCCACGACCCCGAGGCUGAGGCAGAGCCCAAGGCCCCCGGAGGCGGGUGGCGGGGGGCCGGCUACGCCCACUGCUACAUGGCCCAAAUGCAGCGGGACCCACAGCGCCUGGCAGAGUACUGGCAGCAGGCGCCUGCCCUCAGCCGCGCCAUCCUCACACCCCAGCAGAGGAUCGAGCAACUUGAGGACAUCAUCGAACGGUUCAUCUUCGUGCUGCCACCUGUGGAGGUUCCACCUGUGGCCCUGCACACAUCAGACCCACCCCCCACACUGCGCCUACGGCACCAGGCCCUGGCGGCUGCCCUGCGCCGAGAGCUGUCACCGCGAGCCCGGGCCCUGCACCGUGUCGUCUGCAACAUGCGCACUCAGUUCCCUGACCUGCGCCUCAUCCAGUACGACUGUGGGAAGCUUCAGACAUUGGAUCUGCUGCUGCGGCAGCUGAAGGCGGAGGCGCACCGCGUGCUCAUCUUCACGCAGAUGACGCGCAUGCUGGACGUGCUGGAGCAGUUUCUCAACUACCACGGCCACAUCUACCUGCGCCUGGAUGGCAGCACCCGUGUGGAGCAGAGACAGGCGCUGAUGGAACGGUUCAAUGCAGACAAGCGCAUCUUCUGCUUCAUCCUGUCGACACGCAGCGGGGGGGUGGGCGUGAACCUGACAGGCGCCGACACUGUGGUCUUCUACGACAGCGACUGGAACCCCACCAUGGACGCCCAGGCCCAAGACCGCUGCCACCGCAUUGGCCAGACUCGUGACGUCCACAUCUACAGGCUGAUCAGCGAGCGCACAGUGGAAGAGAACAUCCUGAAGAAGGCCAAUCAGAAGCGCAUGCUGGGGGACAUGGCCAUCGAGGGCGGGAACUUCACCACGGCCUACUUCAAACAGCAAACAAUUCGGGACCUGUUUGACAUGCCGUUGGAUGAGCCAGUCCGCAAGGAUGGAGACGUGCCGGCCCCCACACCUGAGGAUGAGGACGAUCCCGUAGCCACCAAACAGACACAGAUCCUGGAGCAGGCGCUGUGCAAGGCGGAGGACCCCGAGGACAUCCGGGCGGCCACACAGGCCAAAGCGGAGCAAGUGGCCGAACUGGCUGAGUUCAACGAGAACAUCCCACUGGACGCUGAUGACCGGCCCCCACGCGAUGACGAUGAGGAGAUGUCCAAGGCUGAGCAGGAGAUAGCCGCCCUGGUUGAGCAGCUGACGCCCAUCGAGCGCUAUGCCAUGAACUUCCUGGAGGCCUCGCUGGAGGACGUCAGCCGCGAGGAGCUCAAGCAGGCUGAGGAGCAGGUGGAGGCUGCCCGGAAGGACAUUGACCAAGCCAAGGAGGAGGUGGUGUUCAAGCUGCCGGCCGACGAGGAAGCUGGGUGUCUGGGCGACGAGGUGGCCCAUGCCAAGAAGAGCAAGAAGGCCAAGACACCCGCACGGGCUGGCCUUGAGCGCGCUGGCACCCGCGCCAGUGAGCGCCUGCGGGGCUCCCGCCUCUCCCUGCACGAGGCUGAGGACGCUGCUGAGGCCCCCCUGCCCCGUGGUCCUGUUCUGCGGCCCGCCCGCGGCACCCGGCAGGAACCCGAGGAGGCGGGAGAGGAUGACCUGCCCCUGGUGGCCCAGCACACACGCAGCGCUGCCGUACGCCGGGACGAGACCCGCCGGGCCACGGCCAGGGCCCCAGGGGUGGCUGACAGGCCCCCCCAGCCACGUGCUGCUGCUGCUGCUGCUGCUGUCACCACAACCCACCGGACAGAGGCACCCAGGCCAGACCUAGGCAGUGGGGAUAGGGCUGUACGCGCCACGCCAGCUGACAGAGCCCCCCGGCCGGCCCCCCCUAAACCAGAACCUCUGGGUGGCGGUGACCGGGUGCUGCGGCUACACCCACAGAGGACUGACAGCACCGGGGAUAGGGGCCCCAAGCUCCUGGAGCCUGAGAAGGAGGGCGUCCAGCCAGCCUCGCCGCAGCUCCCAGUGCCUGAGACGCCAUUGCCCAGGGAGGAUGUGGCCCCAAGCUGCCAGGCACCAGAGGCUGCUCCUGAGCAGGCCGUCGUGGAGCGGUGUCCUGCCUCAGAGACGCUGCCUGAUGAAGCACUGGGGGAGCCCCAGGAGCCGGAGCCACCGGCUCCCAGUGUUGUGGCAUCCCCUUGCCUGCUGGGUGAGCCCGAGGUCCAGUCAGCCCCCAGCCCCCCUGAGGCACCCACCGGCCCUGAGCACAACGGCCCCCCACCCUUGCCCCCACCUGAUGCUGCCAUGGAGCCGCAGGUCCCCAUGGAGGAGCCACCAGGAGACCCAGUACCGGACACGGCAGCCACGGCCUCGUCCUCAGGCAGCCCAUCGCCAGCCAAGACGCCGCCGCGGCGCCGCACCAGUGCCGAUGUGGAGAUCGGGCAGAAUCACCGGGGCCAGGACGGGCCUGCCGCCAAGGUCCUGCGCAAGCUUCCGGGCCGCCUUGUCACGGUGGUGGAGGAGAAGGAGCUGGUUCGGCGCCGGCGCCGCUGCCACCGCAGCACCCCCAUGGCCCCCUCCCAGCCUGAGCUGCCCACCGGUGCUGUGCUGAGCCCCAGCGGCAGCUCGGCCCACAGCGUCUCGGAGCCUGAGCUGUCGCCAGCCACCAAGGACCCACCACAGCUCCGCAACCUCCCUGCUCGGCGCCGCAUUGAGCUGGAGACCCGUGGUGGCACCCACCCCACCAAGCCUGAGGAGCCCACCCCACCACCCCCUAAGCGGAAACGUGGCCGUCCCCCCAAGAACCGCUCACCCGAGCAGGCGGGGAAGCCAUCCCCUCCCACCCAGGACCCAGAGCCGGCAUUGCGGGGCAAGGGGAGCCGCGCGGUUUCGCCCCGCACCAAGGCAGAGAGCAGUGAGGCAGAGUCGCCGCUAGAGAAGCGGCGCCGGGGGCGGCCCCCCAAAACCCCCGCUGCCCCCGCCCGCUACCAGAGCACCCAGGCAGCCGGGCUCUCCGCCCUCCCCACCCCGGGGAGCCCACCCACCCGCUCCCAGUCCGACCCCGACCCCGACCCCGACCUGGGCAGCAUCGAGGCAGGAGGGAGGCGGCCGGGACAUCCCCCCGCAAGGGGCCAGGCCCCGGAUGCGGCGCUGUGGGCCCGGCGCUCCCUCCGCCUCUCCCUGCUCAGCAUCGGGCUGUGGGUCUUCCUGCUCCUCCUGCUGCCCCUGCUCAUCUACCUCGUCUCCUACCUCCUUGCCCGCGCGGAGUGA